GUGCUCCAGCUCCUCGUCUUCGCGGAGACCGUGCCCACGGUGAGCGGGCUCCUCGACGGCGACCCGCGGCGCGUCCGCCUCGCGCUCGCGUUCGGGUCGCUGUGCCCGCUCCUCCUGGAGGUCGCGUGGGCCUACCUCGGCCUCGGCCUCGGCGCGCCGCGCGUCGACCCCGUCGACGUCCUCCUCGCGGCGCCGGCGACGCGCGCGGCGACGGCGGCGCUCGCGGCGUCCGCCGUCGCGACGACGGCCCUCGGCUCCGCGCUCGCGCUCCGGUCCGACGUGCCCGAGGCCGUCGCCCGGCGCGAGCUCGCGGCGCUCCUCGCGGCGCUGCCCGCCGUUGGCGUCGCGCUCACGUCGCCGGGCGUGUUCUUCGCGGCCAUGGACUGGGCGGGGGCCUACCCCGUGGCCCUGCUCUGGGGGCUCUUCCCGCCCGUCGCGCUGCUGCGGCUGCGGCGGAAAUCCGAGGGCGCCCACCCGAAGAGCGCGGGCCCCGACGCGUGGCUCGCCGCGCUCGCGGCGGUCUCGGGGCUCUUCGUCGCGUCCACGGCGACGCGCGACCUCG